GGGGCCCACCCAUGACACAAAAAUGGUUAAGAAAUUCCUGGUCUAAAGGAAAAACAAAUGUAUCCUCAGCAACCUUCUCUGUUCCCCUUAUUAAAUUUUACUUUUAGAAAAUAAGGCAGAUAAGACACCGACUCCUUGGACAGCGCAGGCCACCAAUCACCAAACUGGAGCACAGGCUCUUUCAGGAAGGUUUUUAAUGCUGCAGCAGAAUAGACUUAUUAGCUUUUCUAGCAGAAUGUUAUUCACCCAGGUCAACAACGUGGCUUUGAAGGAGAGAUCCUGGUUAAUGUCUUAGACUAUCUUACUUCUGGACAGGCCAGAUUACUAAAUUGAGAAAUUUGAGAAAAAGUUGGGUAUCACUUUUUAUCUAUGAUCAUCUUGUAUCAGACUAGAAUGGCAAGCAGAAAAGAUGGGUUGCUUAACUUGUAAAAGUCAGAUGGUUUGCCAAUUUCAGAUUGUUUUCUUCUACUUUAUUUCAGUUUCUAAACAUAACAUUUUUCAAAUUCUGUACGAAACUAUUUUUAAAAUAUGACAGUAAGACUCAUACUAGGAAAUAGAUCAGAAUGGUACCAUUUUUUAAAAGUAUUAAAUGUGUAAGUGCCUAUUUUUCUUGGUCAUGAUGGCCUUUUCCUCCUCUACUCUCCAAAAGCAAAUCAUGAUUCCUCAUACUUGCCUCCCCACAGCUUCUCACUGAAGGAUUUAAAGUGUACUCUUUCCAAUUACAGGGCCUUGAAGAAGUCCUGUAUUGUUAUUCUUGUCACUCCCUGGGUUGGGAGUCCUUACCCUUAAGUCCUACUCUUAUUCCUCACCCCAGUUCCCAAAUAUUUUGAAAAAGGAGGUCACACUAAGUAGGUCCUAGUAGGUAGGAAGACUUCAAUUUGGGGAUCUGACAAGAAGUCUUGAGUCAGCUAAGGAUCAGCUUCUAUAAGGGCAAAGAGGAUCAUUACCAGGAGGCAGACCACCAAGGGGUGAAAUUUUUCUGGCCACAGCAAUUCACAAAGACUAUGUGCAGUAAAGAGAGCUGUGGUCUCUCGUCAGUACAGAAGAGUACCACCAAAAUGGCAAAUCAUUGAAGUAUAACAAUGGUAUACUCUAUGUUAUUUGGUCUUAGGGUACACACAUCUAAAGGUACACAGUUGUUUUUUUUUUAAAAAUCAAGCAAAAUUGCCCAAAAUUUCUUAAAAUAAUACCAACAGCAGAACAUGUAAUCUAUUUACAGAGGAAAGGCAACCAAACAGAUGUAUUUUGUAUAUGUCAUAGAGAUUCAUACAUUUGCUGUUUGUAGAAUUAGUGAAGGUAAUGUAGGAGAAAAAAUAUCCUUAAAAUGGUACUUGGAAACCACUGGCAUUUAGGAAGUACCAUACCAAUGAUCACAUAUGUCAGGAAAGUACAUAACAAGAGCAUUAAUCAGGGCUCAAACCACAAGGGUUUUAGAGACUAGAGUCAAUAUUUUCAAGAGUUUAAACCAAGCAUUGCAGGGUAUUGUAACUUGCCAACAUGCUUUAAACAAGUGUUUUCCUUUUUACCAUUGGCUUAAAAUAAGGGAGUACAGCAUUAGCAACUGUUCACAGAUACUGAAGCUCUCACUGGCAGUAUCAACCUCCUAUUAUUAUGUCUGACUUAAAAUCUACUGGCAAAAUUUUAACAUGAGUAGGCAUAUUGAUGUGUGGAAACAUUUUGGGAUGUUAGUGAUAUUGUGAGAGAAUUUUAGUGAACUAAUCACCAUGUUGGGGGCUUGGAAUUAAGAAUUCUAAUUCUUGCUGCAUUUAGCAAGUCAUUUUCUCUCUUCUCUGUAGCUAAUAACUAAGAAUGUUUAUUUCCCCUCUAGUUCUGCGGAAGCAUCCUUUGUGAAGGUUUACUUAUUUACCAUAGUAUAGUAACUGAAGUCUACAGUUUCUGGACAAGGAAAAUCUUCCAAUAUUGGUCAUGAAGGAGUCUAGGUUUUUAACCUCAAACCAGGAACUGUACCUAAAUGUCACUGUACAUUCAAUAAGUAUUAACAGGGCAAUUAAUUUGCUUUAGAAGAAAAAGGACCUCAUAAAUAGUCUUUGAUCUCAUAAACAGGCUUUGAUGAAAUCACAAGCUGUGGUUAUUAUGUGAUAAAAAUUCAAAUAAAUGGGAGAUCCAGGGGAAGGCCACAGGUUCUUCUUGGGUCUUUUAAUACGUCUGAAGGAACAGUUGGAGGCCAGGAUAGAAAUAUAACAGAAGACGAGGCUGAAGAUGAGUGUUCACAUAUAAAAAAGGAAAACUGUAGUAGAAAUGGAAUUUCCUUUCCUUAGAGACAGCUUUUGAAAAGACAACUUACCUAGAGUAGUUUAGGUACACAAUCUUGCCAGCCUAGGGAUGACUACUACAGAUCCUCUUCUGUGACCUUUUAGUCUUAAGUUUUAGGGACAUUCAUAAUGGAAAACUCUGCAGGCUACAAGCAUCCUAACACAGCCCUACCGCUCUUUGUGAUGACUGCCCUGACAGAUAAGAUUCUGCUUUCCAAGCUCAAAGAGAAUUCAGAUUUUACCUCAUAAAGAAAAUCAAGUACCUGAUCAUACAUUAAUAGUCUCUAACACUUCAAGUUAUAUCAUGAGAUGUUGAGGCCUCUUGAGAAGAUGAAAGUUCUAUGUACUUUUAAGAAGAAUAUUACGCUGUACAUUUUUAGUUUCAAUUUCACUUUCCCCCCACACCUUGUCAUACAUCAUUUUAAACCCCUUUAUUGGAAGAAGCUGCUCUGAUCACUACAAGUAUCAGAUGUGAUGACUUCCAAUACAUGGAAGGACAAAGCCCUGAAGUGGAAGAAUCAAGUGUUGACCUAAGAGGGAUGCAUAUGCAACGUUCACAAUCAAGAAGGCCAAAGCAGCAGAUGAGGUGCAGAACAAUGACUUGCUACAAAUAACUGAGACAUGGAAUCUGUGUGGAUGUGCUAUACUCUUCUCUUGCAAAGUUUAUUUUAGCGAGCAAUACAAAGUUGAGAUUUAGACACUUUAACAGGUGUCUAACACUAUAGUGCUGGGCACACAGAAGACAUUCAACAAAAAUCAGUUGAUUGGGAAUAACUCCGGUUUGUUCCACAAACUUGGUAAGGUAUCACUAAGUUAACGUAAGCAGUAAGGUACUACUCUAACCCUCUGGAACAGGAGAAUUCUUGAACGGUGAAGAAGUCAUAAUUGUUUCUCCUCUGCCUCUGUCUCACAAGCAUGGAUGCUAGUGAUGUGCUCUACUUUUUCUAUCCCCAGCAUCAUUAUCAUUUAACACCUCGCCCCAGCUCAUUUGUAGCCAGGAGGUUAGGCUCUGGCUGCCAGCCUCCUGCAAGAAAUGCCUGUCUACUUGAAUUUGGAAUGUGUCUGGUCACCUUGCAUUUGCUCAAAGGCAGGCCUAGCUGCUACUGCUGUCAGAAGGUUGAACCUCCAUCCUACUGCCUACACUCUGUAUUUUCAUUUAACUGUUUCAUUUGACCCAGCUCUGACCUCCAGACUGUCCCAUCUCCCAGCACAAAACGGAAAUGAAAUGUAGCACAGGUAUGUGCUAACCACACACAGAGAAGAUAAACAAUCUUAGGCAGAUAAAGGGUCAGGUGAGUUAACUUUGGUGCUAAUAUUUUUCUGUUCCCAAGGCAUGCCGUAUUAGUUUCUGAUUACUACAAAGAGCUCUCCACCACAAAGCCCUCCAUGUCUAGGCCUCAGCUUCCUCACUUGCAAAAUGAGGGAGUUGGACUACCUGACCUCUAAGGUCCUUUCCAUCUCUAAAUCUUUAAUCCUAUGAACCUCCAUCUUAUGCCUUUUUAGAAGUGUCCUCUUUUCCCCAAGACAAGUGACAAUUGUUAAUUUCCUAAAACAGUAAUAAAAAGGAAACAUGACGACAUUGGAAAUUAUGGAAAGCAAAAGUAUUUAGCCAUAACUCCCAUUAACAGAGAACAGGGAGGGUGGGGAAUAGAGAGAGAAGGGUGAGUCACUGUUUACUGCUCCAAGGAGAAGCUACGCAGAAAAUUCUCCCAGCUGGCCAGCUUUCCAUUUCCUUUAUGGACCAGAACCUGAAUCCAGCAAGAUGGUUUCAGGAACCUUCAGACUCAGGAACUUUAUCAAUGUGAUUUUUAAAUAAAUAUCUGGAAAAUAAUCACAGUCAUGCCUGAGUUUGUGUACAAACGAAGCAACUACCAGAGAAAUUAUGGUUAAGGUGAGAAUUCGAGCAGAUAAAAUUUCGUGGUUUGAAAAAGGCUCGUGAUAAAGACCCAAAUAGUGUCAGAGAGAGAAAUUAGAUUCAGCCAAUUCUGACACAUAGUAAAUGUUGCCUUCCCCAAAUAAUCUCUGCUCAACUCCCAUUUUUAGCAACCACCUUGAAAGUCAAGCAAUGCUAUACUUGGAAUGAUUCCCUUAAAGCUUGUGCUGUAUUUAAGUAUGGAAGGCAAAUUUCAUUCUAGGGAGGAUUUCUGGUUUUAGUUUAUAAAACUCCCUCCAAAAUUUUAAUGAAAAGUUUUUAUUAUUUAAUCUUAGGAGGAAAGAGAAGGGGGCAUGGCAGAUGGACAAUGAAGUAUAGAUCCUGUACAUGACAGUGGCUAACUUUCCUCCUUCUGAGGCAAUGUGUUGCAGGUGGUACCCCAGCUAUUUGCAUACAUAGCAUGCAUUCACAGUGCUCCACAAAAUGCCACCUCCCCCCCAUCCAACACUUCAAGCUUGGAUUUCAAAAUUGUUUUCCAUUUUGUUUUUUAAACUGAUCCAGUCUUCUCUGUUACCAUGUUUACCUAAAAAAAAAAUCACUAGGUUUGGAACAAGCUGAACAUGGUAUGUCAUUAAGCUACAUCUGCACGUAUCAGGAUGUCCUUUAAAGAUGAUCCCAACAAAGCAGAGCCCUUUACAAAGUCAACAAACAGGACAUGAGACAAUUAGACUACACCAGACAAAGGUGGAGGGAAGGACAGUGUGUAAGGCAAAUUACAUACACUCAUAAAAAUCCACUGCUUGCAGGAGGAACUAACUUCCCAACCUACCGAAGAGUAGAUGUCCUAGUUUCUGUCUUGGCUGCUAAAAGUCAGGACGAAAAAGGAAACAAACCAACAUCACAAAAUUAAAAAUACAAGGUAUACACAAUGCAUGUCCUUCCAAAAUCAAAUUACUCACUCCUUCCCCACCCCAACCCCCCUGAGUUGGGGCAAAUAAAAAGUUUGCUUAUUUGUGUAAAGUGAGUACUGUAUGUAAUACCUGAGGAGUAGCAACAUGAUUGGUUUUGCUCUUUUAGACCUACCUCAAUCAAGAAGAAACUCUACUAAGAGGGAUAAGAGUCUUCACUUUAAAGAUCUGGUAGAUAGGGAAGAGGAAGGUCACAUUUGCUGUCCUAUGAACUUACAAUGUAGUCACUCUAGAAAUACUAACUGAAGACACCAAAGCCCGAAGCUCAAAGCACACAAAUCAAGUCACUAAGUAAAUAUUGAGUCACUUAAAUAUUUAUUAAUAAACAACAAUGGAAGCAAUAAUUCCCAACUUCAUUCCCCAUCACAAUAUGACUUUUGGUAAGAGCAGGGUUAAAUUCCCUUUCCCUCUGGCUGAUGUUGUAUAACGCUAUUGGAUAGGAGCAAUGCCAGUCAUCUGUAGGAAGUGACUGCGGUAGGAAGGCUUUUCAGCAUUACCAAGGGAAGAGAGAGUGUACAAGUUGAACCGGCUCCCUCAGUGCGGAAGCAGCAAGAGCUUCUUCCCACUCUUGCUAGAGGCAAAUUCUCUCUGCAAAAAUUUCCUCUCAGGCUUCUUCUCCAUCCUCAGAACUGACAAUGAAAUCAUACCGCAAGUUGCCUACCCAUGUGACUCAUGCCCCUGGCCCUUAUGGUGAGGAGGAAGAAGAAGAGGAAGAUGAGGGAAAUGAGCCUGGCUCUCCUCCUGCCAAGAAGACCCUGUCUCCCAGGUGGCAGUGGCUAGGGGUUGCUGUGAUAAUGGGAGCUGGCCUGUUGGGAGGCACCUUCUGGGCCAUCAGUGUGAGGAGACUUCCUGUGGAGCCCCCAGGGAAGUGUAUCUCUGUUCCUGAGUCCCAGCGAUUUGACUGCUACCCUGAACGGGACACAGUGGUGACUCCAGAACUCUGCCAGACGAGAGGUUGUUGCUUCCUGCAGAGCAGCAGCCGGGGAGGGCCACCCUGGUGCUUCUACCCCCCUGAUUUCCCUAGCUACACCUUGAAGACAUUGAACAGGACUGAGCUAGGUUUCCUGGGUGUGCUGAUGAGGACAGUGAAGACCUAUUACCCUCACGAUGUGCUAGAGUUGCAACUGCAGGUGGAUUUGGAGACAGAUACCCGGCUACACAUCAAGCUGACUGAUCCCAACAACUCCAGAUAUGAGGUGCCUCUGGAAGUUCCCUCAGCCACGAAAAAAGCAGAGAAUCCCCUCUACAGCCUUGAUUUCUCCAGGGAUCCCUUUGGGAUUUUGGUGAAACGUCGGGGGUCAGGAGUUGUACUGUUGAACACAACUGUGGCCCCAUUAAUCUUUGCUGACCAGUUCCUCCAAAUUUCCGCCCUUCUUCCAUCUGCGUUCCUUUAUGGGCUGGGGGAGCACCGCCGUGGCUUUCUUCACCACUUGGACUGGACCACCCUGAGUUUUUGGGCCCGGGAUGUCCCACCUACGGAGUCAUACAAUCUUUAUGGGGUGCACCCCUUCUACCUGAGUAUGGAGGAGGCAGGAACUGCUCAUGGUGUUUUCCUCCUGAAUAGCAAUGCCAUGGAGGUGGUUCUGCAGCCUGCCCCUGCCCUGACAUGGAGGACCGUGGGGGGGAUUCUGGAUUUUUACAUCUUCUUGGGGCCAGAUCCAAGCUCUGUGGUCCAGCAAUACCAGCAGGUCAUCGGCUUCCCUACUAUGCCACCUUUCUGGGGACUUGGUUUCCAUCUUUGCCGCUGGGGUUAUGGUAGCAGUAACCAGACGUGGCAGACGGUGAAAAACAUGAGGAACUAUCUCAUCCCACAGGAUGCUCAGUGGAAUGAUAUUGACUACAUGGAAGGAUCUCGGGAUUUCACAGUUGACCCAGAGCAUUUUGGCACACUCCCCCAGCUAGUGAUGGACCUGCACAAGCAUGGGCAAUACUAUGUACUAAUUCUGGACCCUGCCAUCAGCAGCAGUCAGGCUACUGGCACUUAUGCUCCUUAUGAUGAAGGUUUGAAAAAAGGGAUCUUCAUUAACAACACCCAGGGACAGCCAUUGAUUGGACAGGUGUGGCCUGGCCUCACCGCAUUUCCUGACUUCUCCAACCCAGAGACACACCAGUGGUGGCUACAGAACCUGAAUGUAUUCCACGCAAGAGUUCCCUUUGAUGGACUCUGGAUUGACAUGAAUGAACCGUCUAACUUCAAGGACGGUUCAGUAGAUGGUUGUACCUCUGGAGAACUGGAUAACCCACCCUACACACCUGCGGUGGUGGAAGGAUCUUUAUUUGCCAAGACAAUCUGUGCCUCUGCAAAGCAAAGUCUCUCCUCCCACUAUAACCUUCAUAACCUGUAUGGGCUGAUGGAGGCUAAAGCCACUGCCAGUGCCUUGAUUGCUAUCCGUGGAAAGCGCCCAUUUAUCAUUUCCCGAUCCACCUUUCCCAGUCAAGGCCGCUACUCUGGGCACUGGCUGGGGGACAAUAGGAGUGAGUGGAAGGACAUGUACUGGUCAAUCCCAGGUCUGCUAAACUUCAAUCUCUUUGGGAUUCCCCUAGUUGGGGCCGAUAUCUGUGGGUUUUCAGGGUCUACAACUGAGGAACUGUGUACUCGGUGGAUGCAGCUCGGAGCCUUUUAUCCUUUUGCCCGAAACCACAACACCAAAGAUGUCAAGGCCCAGGAUCCAGUUGUAUUCAGCCCUCCAGCUCGAACGGCAAUGAAGGAAGCACUUAUGACCCGAUAUGCUCUGCUGCCCUACCUCUAUACCCUCUUUCACCAUGCCCACCGCAGGGGAGACACCGUGGCCAGGCCCCUCUUCUUUGAAUUCCCACAAGACAGAAACACCUAUGCCCUGGAUCAGCAGUUCUUAUGGGGGCGAAAUCUCUUGGUGACCCCUGUACUGGAGCCAAGUGCAGAUGCAGUGAUUGGCUACUUCCCCAGUGGGGUGUGGUAUGACUAUUAUACGGGCUCAUCUCUGCAAAGCCAAGGAGAAAAAGUGAAGUUGGCAGCUCCUCUUAACCAUAUAAAUGUACACAUUCGUGAAGGUGCUGUUCUCCCUACCCAGAAACCAGACACGACCAGUUGGAUGAGCGGUGGAAACCCCUUGCUUCUGGUGGCUGCUCUGUCCCAGGAGGGCAUGGCUGUGGGGGACCUCUUCUGGGAUGACGGGCAGAGCCUGGAUACCUUGGAGAGAGGCAACUAUUCCUAUGUGGUGUUUAAUGUCUCACAGAAUGUUUUCACAUCCUCGGUUCUUCACUAUAAUUUGGAAGCUAUUUACAUCACUGUGGAUGGACUGACAGUUUAUGGUGUGCAGAAACAGCCUCAGGUGGUCACUGCCAAUGGCCAAGAAAUCCCCUUCUCCUACCUGGAGAGCCAGGUUCUCAGCAUGAGUGGCCUUAAUUUGAACCUCAGCCGGUCCUUCUCCAUCAAAUGGAUUUGAAAUCCCAGAACUUGUGCCUAGGACUAGGGAAGACUGCCAGUCCUUGCUUACUACUACGUCCCUAAGUGCAAAUGUAUGUGUAGAUGUGUGUGUUUGUAUGUGUGUGUAACAAAAGAGCCUAACAUGGAGAUGAAAGACAUCUUCCAUGCAUCACAUUAUACAGCUGCUGGAAGGUCUCCCUGUCUGUAGCAGCUCAGGAAUAAUCCUCCCUUUCCAAACCAGACAGCAGACGCUGCAACUGUCCCAACAGCAGUUAAAGGCUUUAAAUUCCCCAAGACCCUUCCUCUCCUCAUGACCCAGAACUGUGAUUAUGUCAGAUCACACACUUGGGAUGGGUUCCCUAUAGGACCCCAGCCAGGGUUUUCCAUUUCAAAACUUGUCUGCACUUUACCCACAGGCAUAGAUCCCUCCCUGCAACCAGGUGGGGAGUGUAUGCUAUUCAUUUGACCUCAGAAAUGCUAUUCUUUCCUGAUGCUGAGAUUUGAUGGAAAGAUGGUCUUUCAUGGGGGGGAAAAUCUGAUUCUAGUGAUUUUUGACUAGGUUCCACAGACUAUUCCCCAGCAGUGCCUGUAUAUAUCCCCUACAGAAGAUGCCCCUUCCUCCUGGUGGGUGGGCUUGUCAUUGGUCUGGGGUGGGGUUUAUCAUUGUCAGACUGUGCAACCUUGGAAAGGUUGGGGAGCACAGAGAGAAGCAUGGGGUCAGGAAUUCUCACAUGGUCUGAAAUAUACUGUAAAUAUACUUGUGUGAUUCUUUUGAUUGUUCACUGUAAAAAAUUAAUAAAUAAAGCCCAUGAAGGGGUAUUCGUGGCUCAGGCA